AUGGGAAUCGCGAGCCUCUGGAAGCUGCUCACGGAGGAAGGUGUUGUCCGCAAGCUCAGUGGCUCCGACCCGUCGCAGCACCACACCUUGCUUUCCGAACUGGAUGGUACCGCCAUCGCCGUGGAUCUAUCGGCAUGGAUCAUGCAGGCCGAUCAACAGCUGGCCCUGCUCCCACACUUUGGCAGGACGGAGCGAUGCAUGAAGGUUGCCCUCGAGAGGAGCAUCCAGUGGCUGCGGCAUGGCUGCCUUCCGGUGAUUGUGGUGGAGGGCCGUGCGCCUGCAGAGAAAUUGGCGGCGGUGCAGGCCCGGUAUGCCGCCCGCAACGGCGUCGACGGCGGCGGCCGCGGCUCUUCCUCCUUCAUAGCACUGGGCAAGUCGGUGGGCGUCAUGCUUCAGCAGCUGGGACUGCCGGUGUUCUACUCCCCCGGCGAGGCCGAGGCGACCUGCGCCGCGCUGGUGCGGGCAGGGCGGGUGGACGCGGCCGCCAGCUUCGACUCAGACACCAUGGUGCACGGAGCCGAGCGGGUGUACCACACGCUGAAGCUGUCGACCCUGAAGCCGGGCGAGUGCGAGCUGGUGUCCUGCGACCUGGGCGACAUCCGGAAGGCCCUGGGCAUUCAGCGCGGAGGCCAGGUCGCCCUGUCUGUCAUCGCCAUGCUCGCCGGCUCGGACUACGACCUGGUCGGCACCAGCGGCGUGGGAUCCGAUGACAGCGGCGUGCUGGAGGCGCUGGAGGCCCUGGUAGCCCGGCCGCCGGACGCGGAGCUGGCGGCGCUGACCAAGUGCACGGGCUGCAAGCGAUGUGGGCACGAGGGUGGGCGCAAGGGCGCCGGGUGCCGGGCGCGCGCCUUUGCGCGGUGCGACUGCGCCUUCCACCGCCGCGAGGCCGAGCGCGGCGUGGAGGCCAUCGCGCGUCGCAUCCGGGCCGACGCCGCGCCGCUGGCCGCCGCGCGCGCGGCCGCCGCGGUGUUCCAGCGCGAGGCGGGCGCCGCCGACGCCUACGUGGCCGCUCGCGCAGCGGAGCUGGGCGGCGCUCCCGGCGCGAGGCUGCACUGGCUGCACCGGCCACGGACGCUGGCGGUGUGGGCCGAGCUGGAGCGGCGCCGCGUGAAGCUGACCUGGGACCUGCCCAUGCUGCGCGGCAAGCUGCUGCCCCUGCUGCUGGACUGGGACCUGGCGCAUAGCGGCGAGGAAAACGGGGCCGGGGAGGGGGGGCGGGCGAAACGCGGCCCGAGUUCUGGGCGCGCGAGCACCGCCGAGGCGAGGUCGGUCAGGAUCAGCGCCGUCCGGCAACAUGCAGCGCAGCUGGAGCAGCGCCACCUGUCCGGGUAUGGCCUGCUGGCGCGGCUGCUGGUGCAGCAGCGCGCCCGAGCCCUGCUGGGGCCCAAGCCCUCCGCCGGGCCCGCUGUGGCCAGGGGCCCGGACUCGGCCGUCCUGGCGGCGGCGCGGGGGUCAUCGGGUGCAGGGACCCAGCGCUCCCCCGCCAAGUCUGCCGACAUCCGGCGGUACGUGGAGCAGGGCAGCCCAGGGCGCCUGGGUGCAACUGCGUGCGAGGGCGGCGAGCUGGACCUCACAACCCCAGAGGGCUGCUGCCGGAGCCCCGCCAUCGACCUCACCCAGACUUGA